CAUGAAGGUAACUUAGGCAUUCUCCAUAUGACCACAGACUAUGAGUAUAUUCAGAUGGCACGAUCUGUAUAUUGUUUUCCCUUUGAAUUUGUUUAUGAUUCUUAAGUGUCAGAGCACCAGAACAUCCAGUGUUCGUGGAGUGAACCGACAUUCCUUGUGGAUUUUAUAUCUUCUUCUGUUGUCUCUCCUGACUGAACAAUUUAAAUCUGUGGUCUCAUGUGAGUUCAACUUCGGCUAUGAAACAGAAGCUUACCUUUCUGCUGUGAUCAACUUGACAUAUGUGGAUCCAACCACGGGGGUUCUUACCCAGGAAAACCUGCAGAUGGGUAAGCUUUUGCCCGGUAAAACGGAAGAAGUUAGUGGCGUUGUAGUUCACGUGACAAGUAAUAAUCAUACUAGUCACGAAGCCUGCGAAAAACUGGAUACUGAUGUUCUACCACGAGAGCCUUUCAUUGCUCUAAUCAAGCAUGGAAAUUGUCGAGAUCAAGUGAAACUUAGGCAUGUGGCGGAUGGAAAUGCUGCUGCUGCUGUUUUGUAUAACGAUAAUCACAGCACGAGAUUUAUAAAAGUUGAACGCAAAGCAAACCAUAUUACAUUUGCUGUUAUAAACGAAAGAAAAGGUGAAUGGUUGGCUUCCUUGGUUGAUAAUGGAACUCGAGUGAUGAUGCGUAUUGGAAUUGCAUCAAUAGGAACUUUUCGGUUUGGUCAGAUAAACCGAACAUCUGUGCUGUUUGUAUCUAUAUCAUUUAUUAUACUAAUGGUGAUUUCUUUUGCUUGGUUGGUGUUUUAUUAUAUUCAACGAUUUCGGUACAUUCAUGCCAAAGAAAUACUUUCCCGACAUCUCUGCAGUGCUGCAAAAAAAGCAUUGGACAAAAUACCAGUUAAGACAGUAAGAAAUGAUGAAUCUGGUGCUGAAGAUGAUUAUGAGUGUUGCGCUGUUUGUAUUGAACCAUUUCAACAAGGUGAACUCAUAAGAACUUUGCCAUGCAAACAUUGUUUUCACAAAAUUUGCAUAGAUCCUUGGCUCUUGGAACAACGAUCAUGUCCCAUGUGCAAGUUAGAUAUUCUUUUGCAUUUUGGUCUUGUUUAUACUGGAAGCCAGGAAAGUGUGUUGGAAAUUGAUGAUGAUGAUUUUAGAAGGCCUCGCAAUAGUUUAAUUGAACAUGAUAUUGUGCUAGUUCAAAAUCAGAGACGUCAUUCAAGUGUUAGAGUUGCCAUAUCUAGGCGAGAAGGUAGGGCUACUUCACCAUGUAGUUUAUCAUCUCUAGAUCCUGAUGCUGCAGUUGUUGAGCAAUCUUUUGUUACUGCAGCUGUGGAUGUGUCAGAUGUUGCUGUUAAUACUAGUGAUCCUCCAUCAGAAGCAGAUUAUGAAAGUAGCGAAGAUAGAUGGACAGCUCCUUUUCCUAGAAAACUUUCAAAAAGUUUGAAGAAUUUACACCAGAGCAAAGAAUCUGUUAUGUCAAAUCACAAUGUCUCUGUCAAAAAUACAGAGAUAGAAAAUUUUGAAGUAUGUGAUUUGGGAUUUGAGAAUUAAUGUGUUGUACUGAUAGCAUUUUAUCAAGUGAUAUUUUCGUCUUGGUGAAAAAUCAUAGGAAUGUGUUCUUUGUGGAAUACAUUCUUUUACAUUAUUGGUAUGUUUCAAAGAAACUUCUUUAUCAAUAAGUUGCAUAUAGAUAAUGUAUAACAGAUAAAAGAGUG